AUGCGCAAUCUAAAAGAACUUUACAAGUUGGAAAGCAGCCAGUGUCGCGUUUUUGAGACAGUGCGACAGUUUAUUGCAAGUGCAAAAAUAAAUACAGUUAGAAGUGAACUGAUCGGCGUACGCAUAGAACGUUUGGACGAUGCGUUCAAGCAGUUUCAGCUAGUGCGUGCGGAAAUCGAGCUGCAGACUGACCAGGUGACCGGGGCAGAAGAUCCUGAGCAGGAGUUGGCGUUGAUCACCGCACGGGCCGAGGAGAAUGACGGUAUUUCGAUGAUGAAAGAGGAUGAUUACUGCAACCUCAAGGGUGAGCUGUUACACCUUCAAUCAUUAGCAACCAGAUCCGAACAUGCUGAACAAGCCCCAACAACCAGUACCCAGGAGCGGAUCGGGCCAUCGGCCAGUUUGGCACGCGUGAAAUUGCCCGAGAUAUCUCUGCCGAGCUUUGAUGGGCAGAUCAAGCUGUGGAUAACUUUUCGGGAUUCCUUCGACAGUCUCAUCCAUUCUAAUACCCAGUUGACGGCAAUGGACAAGUUCACCUACCUACGUUCCGCACUAACAGGAGAAGCUCUUCAAGAGGUGAGCUCGAUUGAGAUCACAGCUGCCAAUUAUGAAAUAGCAUGGGCUGCCUUGGCAAACCGAUAUGAAAAUCGGAAACUUAUAGUUAAAACCUAUCUCGAUGCGCUUUUCAAAGUUGAAAUGAUGCACAAAGAGUCCUACGACGGGCUGAGUAAAGUGAUUGGUGAUUUUGAGAAAAAUCUACAGAUGUUGAAAAAAGUGGGCGAAUCUUCCGACGGUUGGAGCACUUUACUGGUGCACAUGGUAUGCGCCCGAUUGGAUCCGUUGACGUUGCGCCACUGGGAAACGCAUCACAAUUCCCGAGAGGUGCCUAAUUUCAAGGAUUUGAUGCGGUUUCUGAGAGAUCACUGUACUGUUUUGCAAACACUAGCACAUCAAUCUACUGCAGCAGAUUCCCAGUCCAACCGAUCAAAUUUCGAGUUAAGCCAUCCCAGUAUUCAACUUUCCUCAAGAUGUCCAUUCUGCGGUGAAGAAUUUCAUUCUGCUUUCCGAUGCAUGAAGUUUUUGAAGUGUAUAGUGGAAGAACGCGAUGAUUUAGUGAAGAGGGCUCGUCUGUGCCUGAACUGUUUUUCUCCCGGUCACGUGGCUCGUGUCUGCAGCAGAGGCUCGUGUCGUCAUUGUGGGUCGCGCCAUCAUUCGUUGCUGCAUCCAGACCCUCAAUCCUCCGUCUCGCAAAUCCAUACGAAUUCGCCACCACCAGUACGUCAAGCUCCGCAAUCCCCACUACCAUCUCCGUCAUCCCAACCGAUCCCUUCAACUAGCACACUUUCCAGACCACAAACCACCUCAUCGUUCACAGUAACCCAAAUGCCAGACUACUCUACAGACUUCUCUGACGACAUCCAACACACAAUUGGACAUCCCUCACAAGUACACACACCACCACACCAAGUUCUUCUGUCAACGGCCGUUGUUCGCAUCCUGGAUCAAGCUGGAAACUUCCGGAAAGCCAGAGCCUUGCUAGAUUCUGGCUCACAGUUAAACUUCAUCACUACAACGUUCUGCCAAGGUUUGAAGCUUCAGAGUUCCUCCGAUAAUGUUACCGUUCAUGGAAUCAGUGGGUCAACAGUCUCGAAACAGCAAGUGAAGGCAUCCGUUUUUCCCCGUUGCUCGAGAAUGUCUUCGUUUGGCUCUUUGAUGACGUUUAACGUGCUUUCUGAGAUAACAUCUACUCAACCAGUCAGCCGUGUUCCGUGCAGUAUUCCAAAGAAUUUAGUGCUUGCUGAUCCCAACUUUCACGAGCAUGGACAAAUCGACCUCAUCAUUGGUGCUCAGGCCUUCUACGAACUGCUUUCCGAUGGUCGUUUGAAAGUGUCAGAUCAUGGUCCUAGCCUGCAGAAUUCCGUUUUCGGUUGGAUCGUGUCAGGCACUGUUCCAGAACAGAAAACGUCCAGGGUUUUACAAAAAGGUGUAAUCCGUGUCGGCGGCCGGUUGCAACAUGCACCAUUUUCGAUGAUCCACUCCCAAAACAACAAGUUUCAUCAUUUGCAAAGAGGCAAACAGACGACGCCAGUCUGA